AAAAAAAAAAAAAAAAAAAAAAGCAAAACCACCCAAAAUGCCCAUAUUCACCAACCCCACCCUCUUCCCCACCUUCCACGAACUCCCCACCACCACCUCCCCCCAAUCCCCAUCCCCAACACCAACCCACUUCCUCCUCGCACAAAUCAAGCAAGACAUGACCAUCACCAAGCCCACCGUCAUCGCCACCGACCGCUCCGCCACCGACUUCGCCAUCACCUUCGCCGACGGCGACCACCGCGGCCUGCCCCCCUCCUCCUCCUCGCCACGCCUCAAAAAGGGACACACCCUCGUCAUCCCCGACGCGGUGCGCGUCGACCGCGGGCGCGAGGGGAAGAAGGACGUAGUGAGGGUGGCCGAGGGGAAGGCGGCGGGGGUGAGGGUUUUGCCCGGGGGUUUGGAGAGGGUGGUUGAGUUGGGGGCUGUGCUUGCUGCUGCUGCUGCGGAGGAGAAGGGGAAGGGGAGGUGUGCGGCGUGUGGGAAGGGGGGUGAGGAGGAGGAGGAGGGGGAGGGAGAAGGGGGAAAGGGGGCGCUGUUGCGGUGUACGGGGUGUGGCGCGGCGGCGUACUGUGGCAAGGAGUGCCAGGUG